UCGUGGCGUUUGUUGUUGUUGCAUCUGCCCACUAAUUAGCUUCCCACCGGUUGCGAUGAAAAUAAUUGCUCACCUGGUGCUCCUGGCCCUCACCAUCGCCUCCAGGGCCGCCAUAUCCGACCAGGUGACCGUCAGCGAAUGCCCCGGCCGCAGUGUGCCCCAAAUCCGUUCGGAGGCGGCCGAGUCUGAGAUCUCCCUGCUUUUGUACUACGUGUCCUGGGCCAGCGAAGCUCGACAGGCCCGACUGGUGUACAAUGGACUGGCGCACUACUACCAGGAGUACGCCUUCUUCGGGGCCAUCGACUGCUGGCACUUGCAGUGCAACUGCAGCCGUACGCUGAUGCCGCCACCCGGGGUCGUCGGAGCAGGAGGCUACCCGGACAAGUGGCCCACUCUGGUGGUGCGCUACGGUCAGAGGCAGAUGCUGCAGUACCAAGGCACCUGGAGCUUCGAGGAGCUUGCCCGCUUCAUGAAUAACCUGCUCCAGCCAUUGGAUCGGGCUCACAGCAGUCAGGAGCUGGCCGCCAUCCGAAAGCACUCGGACGCAGUGGUUCUGGGCCUAAUGAACUCUCCGGACGACAUGGCCUACAAGAUGUACCUGGCCGCCGGGCUGCGCUGGCUAGAACUAGACCCGGAGAGGAAUAUCCGCUUCACGGUGAACUUUGGCAGCACCGCCAAGAAGAUGCUGAGGUCUCCGGCGGCCAAGCUGCCCCAAUUCGUAGUUAUCGACAGCCGGAACGGAGUGCACACGUUUAAUAGCACUUCCGCGGACUGGAAGGCCAUGGACCUUCUUCGCUGGGUGCGGAUCACACUGAAGAACUCAUCGCUGUUCUCCAACGGCUAUGGCACUCCCAUGACCAUCGCCAUGAAGGCGCGCCAUGUUCCCGUGUUGGCCAUGGGUGUUCGAAUGAAUCAGUACCACCAUGCGAGUGUCAUGGGCGAGGAGAUGGCCAGCGCUCAGAAAAAACAGUCGGAGGGCUGUGAUGAUUACUGGAGCACAGUGGAGGCGCAGUCUGAAGAAUCGAUCUCUCUUUUGCAAGUUCCCAGUGAGCUGCUUCGGGAAUCUGAUCAAAAGCAGACCUGCUAUCCCGCUUGGAAAAUAAACAGAGCCACGUUAAAGAACUACUAUAGGAUCAAUCGAUACCUUGACCUCGUAUGGAGACAGUACUCGCACCAGAAUCACCAAAGGAAGCGAAGGGUACCCCACCUGCUCAGGCUGCACUCUAGAAAUCUUUGCCUGGCUCACUCGCAGCAUGGAACGCCGGCCAUGAAGAUCGGCAUUGCUAAAAUGGUGACCAAAUACGGCCAGCUCAUUUGGCAGCAUUCGGCAGAGAACGCCGCCCACAAUCGCUCGUUGGGCGUGGUGCUCUUCGAUUCUGUGAAGUAUAGAGACUAUCUACAUCAGCUUGGCAUUCAGCAGCAUCACCAGCAGGUCCAAGUCUUCAUCGUGGAUGCGGCGGAGGAAUCCCUGUAUGUGAUGCCACAACAGAAUACCUUCUCGUAUGUGGCUCUUAAGGAUUUCAUACGGAAAUUUUACGCAAGAACUUUGCCAAGGACUCACAAGAAUGCGCCUGCCACUGGGGAUUCUGCGUUCAACAGGCAAUACAACAGGCAAAUGCUGCUACAGGCGCUGCAGCGACCGAAUGCCACCAAUGUGGUGUUUAUGCAUCGCCCGGACUGCGCCUUAUCAGGCGUUUUGUCGCAGGCGUUCCUGCAGGUUUCGGCGCUGCUCAGCAGCUCCGAGGUGCACUUUGUGCGCUUCGACGGCCAGGCAAAUGAUCUGCCCUGGGAACUGGCCAUGCCGAUCUCCCCCUCGCUGGUGGUCUUUCCCCAGGCGAAGCCCUCCGAAUCAAUAGUGUUUCCCACCGAUGUGCGAAUCGAUGUGCAAAGCGUCUUUGCGUUUGUCAUAGCCCAACUGGAACCCGUGCAGCAGGUGCGUUCGGUCCUGACCAGUUGCAGGCGGCGAAUGCGGAACGUGCGGAGCUGCCUCGACUUUGCUCGCAACCUGGUACUCCAGCAUGUCAGCCAAUACCUCAAGUUCUGGGAGGUCUAUGAGCGGGAACGGGACGUCAUCCUGUCUCAUUUGAAGGAGUUCAACGACCUGCACAUGUCCAUCGAAAGCAGCAUUCGAUUAUAGCGAAAUGCCCCCGAGCUAGGUCCUUAGUUAAUACUUACCGUUGAUAAUUUCAGGGUAAGCAGAUGCCUACCCGCUCUCCUGUAGCACGUAAGUCAAAAGUUGUCUCUUCAUAAGGUAUUUAACACUCAUAUUUGUAUCAAAUAGGAAAUAAAAAAGAUGUGGAGCAAUCGAUUUAGUUUGCUUAUACAAAAA